GAUCUGCAAAACUACAAAAGGCCCUUGCCAAGUACCACCCUCAACCUAAAGGUGUUGAGGUGACUGUGAACAGGGAUAAGAUCCGCUUCACAGUAGACCAAUUUGGCAGUGAAGUCUGAGCAGCAGCAGCAGUUUGCACCUCCAGCUGUUAAGAGACAUGGGCAACUCCAACGGGUGCACCGUGGACGACCUGCAGGCGGUGGAGAUGCACCUGUGGUACAAGAAGUUCAUGACGGAGUGUCCAUCGGGGCAGCUCACUCUGCACGAGUUCAAGCAGUUCUUCGGGCUGAAAGGAUUGGACUCAGAGGCCAAUGCCUACAUAGAGCAGAUGUUCCGAACGUUUGACAUGAACAAGGAUGGCUACAUAGACUUCAUGGAGUACGUGGCGGCUCUGAGUCUGGUGAUGCGGGGAAAGAUGGAGCACAAGCUUCGCUGGUACUUCAAGCUCUACGAUGUGGAUGGAAACGGCUGCAUCGACCGCUAUGAACUCCUGAACAUCAUCAAGGCCAUCCGGGCAAUCAACGGGAACGACAAUCAGGACUCAACCGCAGAAGAGUUCACCAACAGAGUCUUCGAUAGGAUUGACGUUAAUGGAGAUGGUGAGCUCUCUUUGGAGGAGUUUGUGGAAGGCGCUCGCAGUGAUGGAGACUUCAUGGAAGUGAUGAUGAAGAGUCUGGACCUCCGUCAUAUUAUGGCUAUAAUCCACAGCAGGAGGCACAGUGUUUAGGUUCUGUCCGCCCCAACUACCUCAUCCUCAUUCACAGCUCUGCCUAUGAGGCCGUACUAUUGACAACACAGACAUGUCCUAAAUUUAAUCUUCUAAUGAGGGACACUCAUGCACUUUAAAACGGGCUGACUCACUCCGGUCAUUGUCCUUGGUUUAUAAGAGUCAUAAGGCCGCCCUGGCAUGAAGGAUGACCUCUCCAGAGGUCCACUUCUCCACCCAGAGGGAUACGAUGGUGGAGCUGAAUGGAAAUUACACACUCAACUGAGCUCCACAGAUCUGCUUUUAUUUUCUGAACCAAAGUCCCUCUGCAUCAAAUUAGUCCAAUCUAUUUACCCGCUCUCACCUGCGGGGUCUGCAGGAGGAAACUACCGACUCUGCAGGGGGCUAAACAUUAGACCCCAAUUGAUGGAGAAUGGGGAUUUGAUUCUCUAUCCUUAACUUUUUUUCCACGUUUUAAAAACAGAAAUGAAAAAGAGGGCGUGGGUGGGUGUUUCUUUGACUGAAGGGUUGGCUUAAAAAUCAGCAUGAAGACAGAGGUCAGGAAUAUCCUGGUUCUGUUGUCAGCUGUGCUCAUCUGGUGCCUUCAGUUGAAACACUGAACAGUAUGUUUGAUUUUCAGCUUUUGUCUAUUUAUACACUGAGAAAAAAACAAUAAAAACACGAUGUGAAAACUA